UUCACACGCUCUCUCUCGCCUCAGCCUUCAUGCACUGUUUGUGCCUCUGAGGAAAUCAACGUCAGUCAUACCGGUUUGGUAGAGAAUACUAAACGGUCAUUGCUGUCAAUGAGAGCUGCAGUGUAGAUUGUGGACUAUUCGAUUUACAUCUUAAAGCAAACAGGCAUAGAAGCAAGUUGCACCAAGGAUUUUGAAAUCUUCCUUGGGCCAACUCGUGUGUGUCUGCUUGUACCAAGCUGUGUAUGGCAAUGCGGCGGGUAACGGUGCCAUUGGUCGCCGGGCUGGUCGUGGUGGUGUUGUCGCUGCUGGCUGAACACUGUUGGGCGGAUGGUGGGGGCCCAAGCCUUGCUGAACGAGUUAUUUGGGCAGUGAACGCUGGCGGGGAAGCUCAUACAGACAUGCAUGGCAUUAAUUUCAAGAAGGAUCCAUUGGAAGGAAAGCUUGGGAAAGCUUCAGAUUAUGGAGUGCGUCUGCCCAUAUUGCGCUCUAGUCCCGAGGACCAGAUUCUCUACCAGACAGAACGCUACAAUGAGGAUACUUUUGGCUAUGAGGUGCCGAUUCGUGAGGAAGGAGACUAUAUACUUGUCAUGAAGUAUGCAGAGGUCUACUUUGCCCAGUCUCAACAGAAGGUAUUUGACGUGCGUCUUAAUGACCAUGUGGUGGUGAAAGAUCUGGAUAUCUUUGAGCGGGUGGGUCACAGUACAGCUCAUGAUGAGAUUGUGCCCUUCUCCAUACGCCGCGGUAAGCUGAGUGUCCAGGGGGAGGUGUCCACCUUCAACGGCAAGCUCACUGUGGAGUUUGUCAAGGGUUAUUACGACAACCCCAAGGUCUGUGCUCUGUACGUGUUGAAGGGGACAUUAGAUGAUGUACCAAAACUCCAGCCUCACCCUGGACUGGAGAAACGUGAAGAACUUGAGGAGGAGGAGGACGAGGAGACUGAGGCAGGAGAGGAGGGUGGUAAGAAGAGUACCACAACAGCUCCCAAGUACAGGGUCCAGUCAGGCCCCAGAACGCCAAACCCGUAUGCGGCCGACAAUAGCAGCCUCAUGUUCCCUAUCCUGGUGGCGUUCGGGGUGUUCAUACCUACACUCUUCUGCCUGUGUCGGCUGUGAGAAUGUAAAAUAGAGGGGGAAACAGGGGACAUGAUGGACAAGAGACUGAAGAGGGAGGGGGGGGGGUCAAAGUGACAUCAGAGACACAAGGAAAGGCAAGCAAGCAAACAGACAGGAGAGAGCAUGAGAGCCAAUGGUGAUAACAGAGGACAAAAAAGAGACAACAAAUGUGGAAUGCAGGCGACAGAAUAAAAUGCCUUCCUCACUGACUUUAAGGUCACGCAGAGAAAAGGGGAUGUAGAGAGUGAGUUUGUGUGUGUUGUACACAUUUUCACCAUGUUGUACAUUACCACAUCGCAAAGACAUGAUCUCACAUGAGACAGGAUUGACCACUUUCAAACCAGGUUUGUCUUGUCUUGCAGGAAGAGGCUGGGACUAUACUGAGGGGUGCUGAAAUGUGAUUGGCUGUCCCUCUUUAUAGACUAGUAUGGCUUUGGAUGAGGUGUGGCUUGACUGCAGAUAGUAUUUAGUCAGAUGGUACAGGAGGUGAUAUCCAGAAAAUUUACUGAUUCUUAAAAAUGUGUUUUAGAGAAUGCGUGUUUGGAGGGGGCGGUGGGAGAUGGUUGCCAAUGCGGUCAGUUAGGCUUUUGAAUGUUGUUUUUGCUCGCUUUUUUUUACUUUAUUUUUGUUCUUGAUUAUCUCCAAACAUGCUAAUGUUGUAAAGCUACAAUUUAUUUGAGCUUUUGAUACUUAAGCUGUGCCAUAAUUUGUUAAGAAAAAUAACAUACUAAUAAUUUCAACAAGUCUGUACUGUUACAGCCUCAGCUUAUUCUAUAGCAGAGAAAUUAUGUGUUUCAUGUGCUGUUUGAAAUGAAGGCUAAUUGUGUUUUCACAUCCAAGGUGGGUUUCACAAUUAUGUUGCAUAAUGUGUUUAAAAUUGCAAGUUUCCUCAAAUGUGAUACUAGCAGGUACCUUUUUGAGACAGCUAGACUAUGGAGUUAUCAGAAAUUUCAGGGUAAGAGUGCAGGGCUUGACAUUAACUUUUUUAGCCACUUGUCCUUUGGACAAGUAGGACAGAUGUUCUUUUUUUUACUUGUCCAAAAGCUCAAGUCACAUGUCCAAAAAUAAAAAAUGGUCUGUAACACAAUUUUUACAUAAUUGUAAGAUGCAAGGAAUCACUUUACAAAAUAAAAUGCAUUUCUAUCUUUUUUUAUCAUAGAGAAUGAGACAAAAAUGUAGGCUACACUCUGCCUAUUGGCUUCUUUGCAUAUUCAAGCCUGUCUCAAAACACAACACUGCCCCUUUAAGGCUCUCCUGGAGGAUGGUUGGCCAAUGGCCACCCUUGGUAGCCUAUAAAAUAUUGCAACAUUACGAUUACAACCAAAUACUUUCUUGUCUUUAUAAAAUAAUUCCCUCCAGGGCUCGAGAUUAAGGGACGAUAAAAAAUGUAUAUGGUUCAAAACAGACUAAAAAAGCAAUGAGGCUGAUGCAACAGAUCAGAACGUUUAGCUUAAAAUGUUGAUAAAGUAUUAUUUCUUCAUAUUAUAAGCUCAACAAUGUGCUCAUGGCUGUAGGCUAUGCGGGAAGGUUCCAAAAUGCAAUUAGCGGGAAAACACUUGCCAAAAGCACACCACACGCGUGAGCGGUUUCAUGUGAUAGAGAUAAAAAUAUAUGUUAGAAAUUAAGAAAGAGGGGAGAUCUAAAGAUGCAUCAACUAGCAUGGGUUACUUAUAUGACUAGGAUUAUGCCUUUGGCUGCUGGACAUAAAAAAAUGUGAAAACCAAUAGAACAUUUGGCAUGUUAGGUGUUUAUAAAAUAAUUAUUUCAAAAUGUCUAUGGUUGUAUUUUGGCUAGGCUAGGCUACUUUUAAACAAGGUAAGCAAUGCUUCAUAAAAUGACAUAAAACGUCCAGGUUUUAAACAAGUUUAUGGUUAAAUAGUUAAAUGCUGACCGCCUCCGCUCAGAUUCAAGGUGGGUGAUGUGCGGUGCGCAACAGGCACUGUCCUUCACUCUCCGGUCUUGUGACCAUUUCAUCUGAAUGAACCGUGCUUCAAGUAUGUCGACAGAAUCAAGCCUUUAGAUGUUAAUGCUAAUUAUCCUGCAUUAUAAUUGUCAAAAAUGACUGACGUUUAGCCUAUAUUUCUGUCAUUAAAAGUCUCAUUAAAGUUUGGCUACAUUUUCUGUCACCUCCCUCAUGUCAGCAUCGGUUUGGACAUAAGGCUGUAGCCAAUAUGCAUAUCACCUACACUUUGACAUGUAGGCUUUUUAAUUUAUGUAUAUGAAAAAUAGAUUUGAAUAUUAUUCCAAUGUUGGCCUCUGAUUUAAUUCUGAUCUGAGUAAUUGUUGGAUAAUGUGAUUUUUUUUACUUGUCCAUUCGGACAACUAAAAUCAAUAUUGUUCUUGUCCCGGACAAGAGGACAAGCCUUAAUGUCGAGCCCUGGAGUGUUUGAAUCCUUUGAGGGUUUACAUGGUUUUUAAUCACAUUGAUGAAACCCUCUAACUUGUAUGUGUUUUCCACUUAACGGUACAUGGCUUGGUUUUCAUCUGGUGAAAGGCCACCUCUGAAAGAUAGUAAAAUAGUUCAGAGUGAUUUAGUUACAUUGCCAACACCGAGGGACCUGGUAAUUUAACAAAUUCUCAAGCGAGUGGGACCGAUCCCAAUUCAGGAACAUGUCUGAAUUGUCACAGAGAUGCAUGUAGUGUAGUCCUUUGUCAUGGUCACUGCCUUUUCCACUCAUGACUGUGCAUGCCUUCUUUUGAUUCACCAAAGUGUUUUGUGUUGUAGAAUUUUGUUCUAUAAAUCUCCUAGUAAUCCUCCGUUCAUAACACUGUGAUUGAUAUGAUUUUGUUUUUUAACUCACAAUGUUGGUGCUGGAGUGAUGAUUAAGUACUAGGUCAAGAUAUAACGUAAACAUCAGAGAAGUUAUCCCAAUACAAUUUGGGUCAUUAGGAUGAAUAAUAACCGGAAGGUCCUAAGUAUUCUUUUGGAUUGAUUUACUAUUUAUGUAAAGUCCUCAUUUUGAAAGACUGCUGAAUUAUUUUAGUAUAUUGGAAUGUAAACUUAGGACUUACAAUUGUGUUUGUGUGUGUGUGUGUGUGUGUGUGUGUGUGUAUAUGUGUGUCAGCUAUCCAUAGCUAAACAGCUACCUAGAGGGUUAGAAAGUGAAAUGAGGGGAGUUAACUAGUUCUUUCUAUGUUAAAUAUAUUUUGCUGAGGCAAACCAAGAUUGUCAAUGGUAGCCUAAAUUGAAACUGUCUUUGAGUAGAAAGCUUGAGAGCAGCCUUCUUAACAAUUAUUUUAUUGCAUUUUGUGACAUUUUUAAAUUAUGAUAUUCCCAGAGAAAAGUGUUUCUAAAAGCCUGCACACUUUUAGAACUAAUUUGGGGAGCUAUCAGUCAAAUCAACAUGACAUAAAAACAAUGUGCUUGCACCAGUCUUAAUCAUGAUCUAUAUUCACUGUGCACCUGUGAGUAUAUAUGGUUGUGUGUGCAUGUUUCACUAUUGGGAAUAUUUUCCCUCUUCCCCAUCCCAUCUCUCCAUUAAAUAAUAUUUGUUAAGUUUAGGCCUGUUUUUUUGUCUCAUCAAUCCCUUCGAUUCCUUUCAAAAGCUGUUUCAAAAAACUUGCCUUAAAGUGGUCUGCAGCAUUUUGUUAUUACUAAUCUCUAAGGUUUCCCACGGACAUAUCCAUAUAUCCUUCAAUACAGUUAGCCUGGAAGUCAGUAGCUGCAUGUUUGCAUUAUUUGUGUGUGUGUCUAACUGCCUCUGUAUCAGGAACAUAGCUCUUUCCAUGAGGGACAAAUCUUUUACCAAGCCUAUUUUACACUUGCCUCUCCACACUUGUCAUUGGUUUUAUACUUGCUGAAUACUUGACAAAUAGAUGAUCCAGGUGUUUUAAAUUAUCUCUCUCACUCCUGAGGUUUCCCCCUCCAUGUUCCAUGCUGCUGGAGCAAAAAAACAGCCAGGGAGAGGUUACGAUACUUGAUGGUUAGCUGAUAGUUGUUGUUUUGUAUUUAAAAAUACAAUCCGUAUCUAAUAAGACAGAAGCACCUUUGUUACUUAUUUGAAAAAAUGAAAAAAAGUUAAUUUAAUUCAGCACCUAAGUUAUAAUCUUUUGUUGGCUAAUUGACAUCUCUACACAGUUGCGUGUGUAUAUACUGUAAGGUACAAUAUCACACUUAUUGUAGUGUGACAGCGGUUAUUUUCUCAUCUAAAUAUUGCUAUUAUUGAGGUGUUAGGGUUUUUUAAUGGUUAAUUUUAAAGAAAACUGUGGCCUUUCUGCUGGGGAUGAUUUACAAUGGUGGCAUUGUAGAAAAGAAAAGGUCUUGACUGACAAAUACUGACUGUCAGGAAGAGAUGAGAUUGGCGAAGUAUGGAAUUCUUUACAUGUAUUGUAUAAUUUAAAUAAGAAAGUGGGGUUUAAUCUUGAGAUAUUUGCUUAAUGAUGUAAUAAGGAUUUGUAGCUUUUUAUUUUUUCUCAGGUUCUGUUUUGCUUUACUUUUCACCAGGAUGUUUUAGUGGUGUGAAAUUUUGCACUGCUUGGUUUAUUUUCAAAGCAUUUGUCUGUCAUUUGUUGUGUGUAAUUUUUCUUUUUAUUGAGUCCUUGUUGCCUUGAUUUUUAAUACAUUUGUGCGUUAUCAGUGUCUGCUUUUGAGGUUCCUUUUUUUGGUGUGCUUUUGAUUACUUCAUUGCAUGUUUAAUUAUUUUUUUUGCCCACCAAAGUCCUAGUGUUCAAAAAUCCUAACCUUAUGUGAGCUCACCUAAGAUAAGAACCAAAUACUUGCUACAUCACUCUCUCCCAUUAGCCCUAUUGAGGUACAGUUGGAACAACCAUACACUCUUGUGCAGUCCAGUCUUAUCACAGAAUGAGAGUAUGAAUUAAUUAGUGUGAAUGUGUGAGAGAAAGCAUCAAUGUCAAUAAGGAAUCCUACUCAACGUAUUGAUUUCUCCCACCCCACGAGGGCUUCAGGCUGCAGGUGGACUGAUGGAGUCAUUUGAGAUGCCCCCUCCUUACUCAGUUGUGGCUGUACAAAUAACAUCUACAAAGUGGGAACUGCUGAUAAAUGCUGUCUCUUUUUUUAAUAAAUGUGCUAUUUUAUCUAACUGA